AUGCUCACCAUAGAUUCAAAUUAUUUAUUGGAAAUAUAAAUAUUAGGAUUAGAAAAUGAAUAAUAAAGUCAAUUGGAAAAUGAAAAUUAAUAAAUUAUAUAAAGAAAAAUUAAUAUUAAAAUAAAUACUAACAUAUUAAUUAGAAAGAUUUAAUAAAAUUCAUAAUUAUAAGAUGAUGACAGAAAAAAAUAUUUUGAAAUAAUAAGAGGUGUGAGUGAAGCUAAUGAAUAAUAUAUUUGUUAUGUAUAAUUAAUUUUAAUUUAGAUAUCAAUUGAAGAAGAAGCAUUUUAUAAUUAUUGGACUAAGAAAUUUAUUCUUAAAAAUGAGGAAAAAUUAUACAAUUUCUCUGUUGAUAAUGAUUAACAGAAUAAUAAUCAAUAUAUAAAUCUGAAUUUUCAUUUUGCACCCAAAAUCAUACCUUUUCAUUAUGAAUCUAACGAAUCAAGGAAUAAAUCUAAUUACUUGAAGUGCAGUUCAUCCUUUAAGUUAAUAUUAAGGGAAAAAAAUCAAGAUUAUUAUUAAAUUGCAAUUCCAUUAAAAUUCAACAUUCCAACAAAGUUUACUACAAAUGUAUAUGAUAAAAUACAAUUAGUAAGAAGUUUAGAUUAAAAAAUUCCAUUAACAAUUACUUGGCAAUUGAAUAAAGAUGGCAACAGAAUAUAAUUAAAAAUAAACUUUCCAAAUGAUAUAGGUAAUUUUGAAAUAACCGCAGCUUUAUACUCAAGAAUAGUUAUUAAAGAAAGCACUGAUAGUAGUAAUAAUUUUGAAUUUGCUGCUUAGGCUCAUAAGGAACUAUCUAAAGAUUAAAGAGUAAUAAAUCUUUAAGAAGAGUUGAUUUUAGAUUUGAAAUUUAUUGAGGGAAGGUGCCCACCUCUAUAUUUUGGAUAAAGGAUUAGAUCACAUCACAUUGUGAUAUUAACUAUAAACUUUAAGAUUUAAAAUAUAUUAGAUCUUUUUAAGAAAAAUAAAUUUUAAAUUGAAAUUCCUGUAGAUUUAUAUCCUAAUGGGCAAAUAAAUGAGGAUGAAUAUGAUAAAACUAGAUUUUAUAAUAAAUAUUUUGAUUAAAUCAGAUUGCUAAAUAAACCAUAAAAAGAUUACUCAACAUACAUAUGA